UUGUAAAGAUGUAAUCCAAAACAAAUCUGUACUGUUUUGAUCUGCGUUCAAGUCUCUGCAGAUCAAAUACGUUCACCCGUCGCCCAACGUAAAAGUUAGUCAUAGUUAAAUUAAAUUACUGUGCAACCUUAGUUUCACGACAUCGUGAGUUAGUCUAGUGAAGCCCCGUGAGUAUGUUGGUGGCGCGUAGAAGCACGGAACGAUAAGUGCGUUAAAGUGUAAACAAUCAAGCAAUUCACGUGCUUUCGCGAGCGUUUGAUUUGCUGUUGCCCUGCAUAAACGAUCAUCUGUAGCUGCAUUUGCGCUGCAGCUUGCGUCAUCUGUAAACCAUGGCAAAUAAGGCCUCAACGGAGGGGGUUGAUUUCCAACGGCACCUUUGCUACUACCUUAUUGGACUAUUGCACAAUAAGUAUGACUACUCCAUACGCAACGAAGCAAACGAAACGACGUACGGAGCUUUGGAUGAUGUGAUCUUGAAAGUCCACCGCAAUGCCGAGGGCGCCGACAGCCACGGGCUCUACUUUUUUCAGGCGAAACAAAAACAGGACGAAACCAGAACGCUGUCCAUUCAGGAUGUACUGCACGAAAGGAAUGCCUGCAUAGAGAAGUACAUUGAGACCUACGGUAUCUACAAAAAUUCGCCAGCGCACCAACGGGACGGCAUGCCUACGGAGAUGAUUUAUUGGACGACGUGCGAUUUUCACGAAACUACCGGAGAAUUUCUUGCCGCUCAUACUAGCAGCGAGCCACAUUUACUGCUUACGAUUCACAUUAUCAAGAAGGUUCGGAUAAAGCACUGGAAGGCUCUCUUCAUGUUCGAAAUGGCACAGAACCUUGCCGCUCACGCCGGCUCGUCAAAGAAGAAAGAUAACACAAACCCAUUCAAGUAUCUGAACGAGUCGGUAGUAGAAGCCCUUUCGGGUGAAGUUCUGGAACCGGUGGAACAAACAACCGCAGCGGAACAACAGGAUGCACCGACGAAAGUAAAAUUGCGCGAAACGUUCUUACACGACGCUCCAAGUCUCUCCGAGCAUGCGAAACAAUUUCGAGUAAGCUUUAUCGUGGCGUGCAAAAUCCUGUACACGCAUCCCAGAAAUCCAACGUUCGACAUCACUAGCUUAAAAUCGAAAAUAUUUUUCACCACUGCGUUCAACAUGGGAACGCGCAAAGCAGCCAUGGCUACCGAUGGCAGCCCUGUUGCGGGGGUCAGUUUUUCCUACCGAGGCCUGGAAGAGGAAGAGUUGGAUUGGUUCUUUAAACAUUUCAUUUUUUACGUUAAAAUUCCCAAAGGAGAGCGGAUGUUAAAGGCCGUACAGGACUUAUUGGGCGACCGGUUCGAUAAGGAAAUGUUUGAAACACAUUUGAUAACGGAACCACUGAAGCUGGCAACAUUAGCGGAGAGGGAUAAAAGUCAGCAACAGCAGGACUGUCUCCUUACCAAAUCUUACGUACAGUCGGUAAUGAGCAUGAUUGAGCUUAAGCGUAAACUAACCGUCCAACCGCUUAAGGGUAUAGAUUUUACAAAGCAGAGUAUCGAACAACUUGAGGCGAAAAUUAAAUCCUUUUCGGACAAACACCCCAAUUGGCGCUCGUUGGCGGUAGUGUCCCAAUCGAAGGUAGCGUGGACAGCAGUUCGGAUUAGAAAAAAAUUCGAACGUUCGCUGAUUGUAAGCAAUAGCGCAGACUUUGAGCAGUUGCAAGAUGCGCUUAAAACUAUUCGAAAUGAACCGACACAGGCUCAAGAACCUAGUCAGAACGUAAAACAGGACAAUCUCUUUAUUCAUAGCUUAGUUAACAACUUAAUCGGUGAAUGCGCACAAUAUAUAAUGCUGCUAGAUCUGCCGGAUAUUGCUGAAUGUUCGAAAUGGAUCGUACAACAGCUAGCCGACGUAAAGGUUAUCGAAAUAGUGCACAGCAUAGCUGCCGACAAUGCCCCGACGUUUGUAACGGAUGAAGUGGAACGCUGUAACGUGAUUGUAGAUCCGGAAAAGGUUGACAUCAAGCACGUCACUGUUGACGACAAGAAGUUGGUGCUUGCCAACUACAUUGCUGAAGAUUUUAUUGACAGCGUGAAGAAGGUUGAAGAAUUGAGCACUCUCACCGAUAUAAUAGUUAGAUCGGAUGUCUAUGAACCCGAUGAGAGGCAUUACAUUAAGCGUGAUCUGCUGGAAGAAGGUGGAACGAUGAUUACAGAUCGAGCGUCUCUGCUUGCUUCAGCACACACCGUGUCCAUUGUUAGUGGCACAUCAGGGCAAGGGAAAACCAUGGAGCUGUUACAGAUCGCCAAACUGGCACUGGAAGAAACUGUAUGUCUAUAUCUGCGAGCCAGCACAAUUGCCAAAGGUAUUUUACAAGCGGAAAAUGUGGCCUCGUCGGAUGGAUUUGAGUUGCUGCUAAGCCUGUUGAGCAUUACCGCUCCUACCGGAAGCCGUUUUGUUUUGGACAUCGUAAAAAAGUGCCUCGAACAGAUGCGAACCGUUUGUCUGCUGGUCGAUGGAUUUGACGAAAUAGUAGAGCAAUAUCAGAACGCUGUCAUAAAGUUUCUACUGAAGAUGUUGCAGUGUAAAGGAUGUCGUCUGGUAAUUGGCACCAGGAAUGAAUCGGUAUCGGUUUUAAAAGAAGCCUUCCAGAAUGCCGCUCACUACACCUUGGCCUCAUUUUCGUACGAAACCUACUUCAGACAGCUGUGGCUAAGUGAUGCGAGCGAGCGCACCCCGACCCUGGAACAAAAUGUCGACAUUUUUCUGUCCAAUUUUGAUGCGCUACUGAAAGGGGCCGGAUGGAAAUCGUUCCUCGAAGUGCCUCAGCUGUGCAAAAUCAUGGGAACCAUAUACCAGGAUCGUAUCCGCAAGCCGAAUAUUCAGUGGCACACGAACUACGAAAUCGGAUCCAUCUACGAUACGUUCGUGGAAAGUAAGUUCGAGCAUACGUUGCGUGGAAAGUUCGACGAAAUGGACAGGUUGCACGUGUGGGCAAGCGAGCUGAUCAGAGGCGAGUACUACGCGAAACAUGCACAGCUGGCGUACGAGCUAGAGUACAGCUGCUGCAGCGAUCUGACGUACUGCGAGCAACUGCAACGCUUCGGGCUGAUACUGCUACAGUGCGAUGCGUCGAAAAGGGUCAAUUUUAUGCAUCGAACCGUGAUGGACUACUUCCUGGUGCGCUACUGCUUGCUGGAGCAGGAAGUUGAGAAGGCAGAGUUUCACAGCUUUUUAAAGCGAUACUUUUGUGUGUCCCGUGCCAACAUUGCCGAUAAGUUUAUCGACUUCUUCCUGCACGAUCCGGAACGUUUGUCGGAAGGCAAACGACAGAUCAUCCGCUCCCAUAUGGACAGCGGCAUCCUUCCCACGUGCAUUCGAAUGGCACUGAACAAUGCCACCUUUAACACGCUCAGAUUACUGCUGUCGGUCGCUCCGAAAAGGUUGUUAGCGCAGUUAUGCUUUCGAUUUGGCGCUGCCAGCAGUCUGCAGGGUAAAAAGCUCGUCGCGAACGACAGCAACGACAUCAACCUUAAGCGACUCGGAGAAAAGCAAACGAUGCUGUUGCUGGAGACGCUCAGAGCGUGUGAUGAGGAGUAUGCGGAUGAUGACUACGAGGAAGCAUAUGGGUAUCGGAGCAUACUUCAACGCAUGUUGUUCGAAGCGAAUCCAGACGUGGAAGAUACACUGGAGGUAGCUAUAAGAAAACCAUUCCCAGACGUUUUUGACUGGGUUGUGGCGUACUGCACGGUGCACCUUACUGUGGAAACGGAACGUUACCUAAUGGGCCGGCUGCCUCGAUACGUGCGGGCUAUUAUCAGACACUGCUAUGCAGAAAAUAAGGAGAGGAUUAUCGAUAAAGUAGUAACAUUAUGCGAGGAUACGUUACCUAGUGAAAGUGUUCGACAGUGCCUUCGAAGCUUCGAUUUGCUGGAAGAACUUAUAGUCAGCAUUGAAAUAGUGCCGCAGGGGAAAGUAUUUAAGCAAAAGGAUCGGUUAGACUUAACACACAAAAUUCUGUCACUGUUGGAUCGAUACGGUAGUAAGGAGCAAUUACUUGCUGCAAAAGAACAAGCAAGAAAAACGGUUGAAACACUACAAAAUGCAGCUAUUAAAUCUAUGUUGAAACAGUGGAUGGAUAUGGAACAAUCUGUCGAUGUCUGCAUGUGUGAAUAAAAACGAUCGUGCAAAGAUGCAAUUGAAUUGUGA